AUGGCGCAGACGCUGCAGAUGGAGAUCCCCAACUUCGGCAACAGCAUCCUGGAGUGCCUGAACGAGCAGCGCCUGCAGGGGCUGUACUGCGACGUCUCGGUGGUGGUGAAAGGCCACGCCUUCAAGGCUCACCGGGCCGUCCUGGCGGCCAGCAGCUCCUACUUCCGGGACCUUUUCAACAACAGCAAGAGCGCGGUGGUGGAGCUGCCGGCGGCAGUGCAGCCCCAGUCCUUCCAGCAGAUCCUCAGCUUCUGCUACACGGGCCGGCUGAGCAUGAACGUGGGAGACCAGUUCCUGCUGAUGUACACGGCCGGCUUCCUCCAGAUCCAGGAGAUCAUGGAGAAAGGGACUGAGUUCUUCCUGAAGGUCAGCUCCCCCAGCUGCGACUCCCAGGGCCUGCACGCCGAGGAGACCCCUUCCUCCGAGCCCCAGAGCCCCGUGGCCCAGACCUCCACCUGGCCCUCCUGUAACACCCCCUUACCCCUGGUGUCCCGCGUCAAGACAGAGCAGCAGGAGUCGGACUCCGUGCAGUGCACUUUCGUGGUCAAACGGCUCUGGGACAACGGCCAGAAGGAGGGAGGAGGCGGCGGAGGUGGGGGAGGAGGCAACAACGGGAGCCGCAAAAUGGCCAAGUUCUCCACGCAGGACCUAGGAGGCAACCGGCAGCAGCAGCAGCAGCAGGGGGCGCAAGCAGGAGGAGGAGGCGGGUCCGGCGUGGUUAGCGGGCCCAGCACGUCCGACCAGACCAGCCCCGGCACGUCCAGCGCCUACACGAGCGACAGCCCAAGCUCCUAUCACAACGAGGAGGAUGAAGAGGAGGACGCAGCCGAGGAAGGCUCCGAUGAGCAGUACCGGCAGAUCUGCAACAUGUACACGAUGUACAGCAUGAUGAAUGUAGGGCAGACAGCCGCAGAGAAGGUGGAAGCCCUGCCCGACCAGGUGGCCUCUGAGUCUCGCAAUCGGAUCCGGGUGCGGCAGGACCUGGCGUCGCUGCCGGCCGAGCUCAUCAACCAGAUCGGGAACCGGUGUCACCCCAAGCUGUACGACGAGGGCGACCCUGCUGAGAAGCUGGAGCUGGUGACAGGCACGAACGUGUACAUCACCCGGGCGCAGCUGAUGAACUGCCAUGUCAGCGCCGGGACGCGGCACAAAGUGCUUCUGAGGCGGCUUCUGGCCUCCUUUUUCGAUCGGAACACUCUGGCAAACAGCUGUGGCACCGGCAUCCGCUCGUCCACCAACGACCCCAGCAGGAAGCCGCUGGACAGCAGGGUCCUGCAUGCCGUGAAGUUCUACUGCCAGAACUUCGCCCCCAACUUCAAAGAGAGCGAGAUGAACGCCAUCGCCGCCGACAUGUGCACGAACGCCCGGCGCGUGGUCCGUAAGAGCUGGAUCCCCAAGCUGAAGCUGCUGAUGGCAGAAGGGGACACCUACACCACGUUCAUCAACGACACUGGGAAGAUGGAGCCGGACAUCAUGGGAGUGGAGCACAACUUUGAGACAGGCAGUCACGACGGGGAUGCAGGGACCUCGGCCGAGAGCCUCCAGUAA